UUGGCCGACUCCUCUUCCUAUUGGCUUUCCCGGGCGCCGCCCCCUGAACAGGGCGGGAGAUUCGGUGUGCCUCACGCAGGCCUCCCAUCCCCCAGCUGGCCUCUGGGGCUCCCCAUCUCCGCCGUCGUUGGGCGGAAUACCAGAAACUGGCCUCUCCCGUUGGGGCCGAAGAUUCCUUUCCUGUGGCGGCGAAUCAGUGAGGUAUCAAUCAGUGAGGUAUCGUUCGGCCGGCGUGAGGCGGCUGGGCCGGCACCAGCCGGAAACCUGGCGGUGACUCUAUCUGAAUUUUCCAGCUGCAGAAUGUGUAGACCUUAAAAGGUUGGUAACAAUGAGUAAACCAGAAUUAAAGGAAGACAAGAUGCUGGAGGUUCAUUUUGUGGGAGAUGAUGAUGUUCUUAACCACAUUCUUGAUAGAGAAGGAGGAGCUAAAUUAAAGAAGGAGCGAGCUCAGCUAUUGGUCAACCCCAAAAAAAUAAUAAAGAAGCCAGAAUGUGAUUUGGAGGAAGAUGACCAGGAGGUCUUAAAAGAUCAGAACUAUGUGGAAGUUAUGGGAAGAGAUGUUCAAGAAUCAUUGAAAAAUGGCUCUGCUACAGGUGGUGGAAAUAAAGUUUAUUCUUUUCAGAAUAGAAAACACUCUGAAAAAAUGGCCAAAUUAGCUUCAGAACUAGCAAAAACACCAAAAAAAAGUGUUUCAUUCAGUUUGAAGAAUGAUCCUGAGAUAACAAUGAAUGUUCCUCAAAGUAGCAAGGGACAUUCUGCUUCAGACAAGGUUCAGCUGAAGAGCAAUGACAAAAGUGAAUUUCUGUCAACAGCACCUCGUAGUCUAAGAAAAAGAUUAAUAGUUCCAAGGUCUCCUUCUGACAGUGAAAGCGAAUAUUCUGCUUCCAACUCAGAGGAUGAUGAAGGGGUUGCACAGGAAUAUGAAGAGGACACUAAUGCAGUCAUAUUCAGCCAAAAGAUUCAAGCUCAGAAUAGAGUAGUUUCAGCUCCUGUUUGCAAAGAAACACCUUCUAAAAGAAUGAAAAGAGAUAAAACAAGUGACUUAGUAGAAGAAUAUUUUGAAGCUCACAGCAGUUCAAAAGUUUUAACCUCUGAUAGAACACUGCAGAAGCUAAAGAGAGCCAAACUGGAUCAGCAAACUUUGCGUAGCUUAUUGAGCAAGGUUUCUCCUUCCUUUUCUGCCGAACUUAAACAACUAAAUCAACAGUAUGAAAAGUUAUUUCAUAAAUGGAUGCUGCAAUUACACCUUGGGUUCAACAUUGUGCUUUAUGGUUUGGGUUCUAAGAGAGAUUUACUAGAAAGGUUUCGAACCACUAUGCUGCAAGAUUCCAUUCACGUUGUCAUCAAUGGCUUCUUUCCUGGAAUCAGUGUGAAAUCAGUCCUGAAUUCUAUAACAGAAGAAAUCCUCGAUCAUAUGGGUACUUUCCGCAGUAUACUGGAUCAGCUAGACUGGAUAGUAAACAAAUUUAAAGAAGAUUCUUCUUUAGAACUCUUCCUUCUCAUCCACAAUUUGGAUAGCCAGAUGUUGAGAGGAGAGAAGAGCCAGCAAAUCAUUGGUCAGUUGUCAUCUUUGCAUAACAUUUACCUUAUAGCAUCCAUUGACCACCUCAACGCUCCUCUCAUGUGGGAUCAUGCAAAGCAGAGUCUUUUUAACUGGCUCUGGUAUGAAACUACUACAUACAGUCCUUAUACUGAAGAAACCUCCUAUGAGAACUCUCUUCUGGUGAAACAGUCUGGAUCCCUGCCACUUAGCUCCCUGACUCAUGUCUUACGAAGCCUUACCCCUAAUGCAAGGGGAAUUUUCAGGCUGCUAAUAAAGUACCAGCUGGACAACCAGGAUAACCCUUCUUACAUUGGCCUUUCUUUUCAAGAUUUUUACCAGCAGUGUCGGGAGGCAUUCCUCGUCAAUAGUGAUCUGACACUCCGGGCCCAGUUAACAGAAUUUAGGGACCACAAGCUUAUAAGAACAAAGAAGGGAACUGAUGGAGUAGAGUAUUUAUUAAUUCCUGUUGAUAAUGGAACAUUGACUGAUUUCUUGGAAAAGGAAGAAGAGGAGGCAUGAAGCUUUCCUUUAUUCCUGAACCUCCCAUGAAGGGUCAUACCCUAGCUGCCACUCCUCUAGUUGAAAGUGUUGUGUUUACAUCUGACAUUAAAUUAUUUUUCCAGCAUACAAGACAAAUUUGGGAAGGGGGGGAUGUCCUCAAUUAGAACUUCUGAUCAGCCUGGCUGGUACCGUUUAGUACUAUGCAGCAGUCCUCAAGCUGGAGAAAAUGUGCCUUUCAUUCAUUACCUCUCUGGAGACUUCUUGCUGGAAUGAAACAGUGUGCUCAGGGACUAUUUGGAACUGGAUGUUUUUGAAUUAUUUUAUACUUAAAGAGAUAUUAUUCUGAAUUUUUUGAGGGCCUUUUAACACUCCCCGAGCUGAUUGUUUGCAAGUGUGUUUGUUCCAGAGUGUGGAAGUAUAAAGACAUGGGCAUCACAUAAAUUGGCUUUGUUUGCUAUUCUGUGUGUCAGAACCAACGAGUGUAAUGGAGAGGGCAGGUCAUCUCUUACUGAUUCUAAAACAACAUAAAAGAUAUAGAUUGGGAAGAGGUGGGUGAUCCAGCUUUCUCCGUUUGGAUUGAGGCUAUGUACUUGGUGAGGGCAGGGGAGGGAAUGUAUCAUAAUACUAAUGAGUUAGGAUAGCGGGAAAAACAGAGUAUAUAGGGUAUCUACCCAGCUUAGAAAGCACAGGAACAGUAUAUCAUACAUUUGGAACAGUUAAUGUCUGUGCCAUGACCUUCAUGAUACCAGUGAGAAGCCAGGCUAGAGAAAUAAAAUCCUGAAUUACAUUUUAGUAAUUGUUUUCAAGACAAAAAAUAAAACAUUUCAUUAUUCUUGUAUAUUGACAUAUUUUUCUUUUCUUGAAUAACAUGCAGGUGAGUAGCAUAAUGGCUGGCUGUAAAUUAAUCCUGAUUCCUCUGUCAAGUAGACCUAAAACUCACUGUAAGAUAUUUCAGUUUUUUCCAUAAAGUGAUGAUCUCAAGUCUCCUAAAUAUUUGCACGAGACUUUUUUUCUUAGGAAAGAAAAAAAAGGCUAACCUUGGCUACUGUCGUCAGCUUACAGUCGUCACAUACCCCCUGAAAUAUCUGACACUUGGAAAUGGAGUUCUUCCUGAAAAUAUCAUUGCAAUAAAAUACGUACUGCAUCA